AUGGAGGUGCAGGUGGGGGUCGGCCGCGUCUACCCGCGCCCGGCGGGCCGGACCUUCCGCGGCGCCUUCCAGAGCUUCUUCCAGAGCGUCUGCGAGGCUUUCCAGGCGCCGCGGCCGGAGGCGGGCGCGGGGCAGCCGCCGCCGCCGGGCUCGCCGCCCUUCGCGCCGCCCGCCGAGCCGCCCGGCGGCCCCUUCGCCGCCUGCGCCGGCGACCUCAAGGAGCUGCUGUGCGAGGCGGGCGCGCUGCCGCCGCCGCCGCCCGAGCCGCCCAAGGAGGACUUCCUGGGCGACAGCGCCAAGGAGCUGAGCCGCGCCGUCUCGGCCUCCAUGGGGCUGGCGCUGGAGGCGCUGGAGGCGCCGGCCGAGCCGCUGCCGCCGCCGCCGCCGCCGCCGCCGCCGCGCGAGGACUGCAUGUUCGCCGCGCCGCCCCGCGCCCCGCGCCCCGACUGCAAGGGCGCCGCGGAGCCGCCGCUCGCCCUCGACGUGCCGCUGCCGCUCUUCCGCGCCUCGCCGCCCGCCUCGCCGCCGCCGCCCGCCGCCCGCCCGGGGCUGGCGCCGCCGCCGCCCGCGCGCGUCAAGCUGGAGGGCGCGCUGGAGCGCGGCGGCUGGGCGGCGGCGUGCCGCUACGGCGCCGAGCCGCCGGGGCCGCCGCCGGGGCCGCCGCCCGCGCCCGCGCCGCCCUGGCCCGCCUUCUUCGCCGACGAGGGGCAGCUCUACGGGCCCUGCGCCGAGCCGCCCGCCGGCCCCUUCGCCUGCGGCCGCGCUGCCGCGCCGCCCGGCCCGGAGCCCGCCGACUUCCCCGCCGACGGCUGGUGCGCGGCCGGCGCGCUGGGGCGGCCGCCCUUCGCCGCCGCCUGCAUCAAGAGCGAGGUCGCGCCCUGGGGCGACGCCUACCCCGGCGCCUACGCCGACGUGCGGUUGGAUACUGGCUGUGAACAUGUCUUGCCCAUUGACUAUUACUUUCCACCUCAGAAGACUUGCCUGAUCUGUGGUGAUGAAGCUUCUGGGUGCCACUAUGGAGCCCUCACUUGUGGCAGCUGCAAAGUGUUCUUCAAACGGGCAGCUGAAGGUAAACAGAAGUAUCUUUGCGCCAGCCGGAAUGACUGCACCAUUGACAAAUUCAGAAGGAAAAACUGCCCUUCCUGUCGCCUGCGAAAAUGCUACGAAGCGGGGAUGACUCUUGGAGCCCGCAAGCUUAAGAAACUGGGCAACCUGAAGAUACAAGAUGAUCCUGAGGCAGGCAGCUCAUCCAGCCCUGCAGAGGAGCAAGCCCCCAAGAUGGUGAUGACACGCAUUGAUGGGUACGAGUGCCAGCCCAUCUUCCUCAACGUCCUGGAAGCCAUCGAGCCUGGCGUGGUGUGCGCUGGCCAUGACAACAGCCAGCCUGACUCCUUCUCCAACCUGCUGACCAGUCUGAAUGAGCUUGGGGAGAGGCAGCUGGUCUACGUGGUAAAAUGGGCAAAGGCCUUGCCAGGAUUUCGUAACCUGCAUGUGGAUGACCAGAUGUCUAUAAUCCAGUACUCUUGGAUGGGGCUUAUGGUUUUUGCCAUGGGUUGGAGAUCUUUCACCAACGUCAAUUCCAGGAUGCUCUACUUUGCUCCAGAUUUGGUCUUCAAUGAAUACCGGAUGCACAAAUCCAGAAUGUACAGCCAAUGUGUCAGGAUGCGGCACCUCUCUCAGGAGUUCGGGUGGCUUCAGAUCACACCCCAGGAGUUUCUCUGCAUGAAGGCUCUACUCUUCUUCAGUAUUAUUCCAGUGGAUGGCCUGAAGAACCAGAAGCUCUUCGAUGAGCUUCGAAUGAAUUAUAUUAAGGAACUUGACCGUAUCAUCGCUUGCAAGAGGAAGAAUCCUACCUCCUGCUCUCGGCGGUUUUACCAGCUCACCAAGGUCCUGGACUCUGUGCAUCCGAUUGCCAAGGAUCUGCAUCAGUUUACAUUUGACCUUUUGAUUAAGGCACAUAUGGUCAGCGUGGACUACCCCGAAAUGAUGGCCGAGAUCAUCUCUGUGCAGGUUCCCAAGAUCCUGUCUGGAAAAGUCAAACCUAUUUACUUCCACGCGCAGUGA